AUGGUCAACCAAACAAACGCAAACGCUUCAUCAGCCGAUACGAAGAAAGAUAUUCCCUCUCCGAGCGGAGGAGUAAAAAAGAUUAGAAAAGCACGUGUUCAAGCAUCCAACAAGAAAGAAUCAAAAUUACAAAGAGAAGAAAACGGAGGAGAAUACAAUAUUUGGUAUCACAAAUAUAUUGGACAACGACAAAAAAGAGAUAUCGACGCUGCUGAAAGUAGAUGUAACAUAAAAACUGAUGCUGGAUGGACCGUUGGUUGUACUCUUAAAGACCCCUUCUUUUGCUUGUUCUUUGCAAAGGGUUGCUGUGCUGAAGGACCUAAUUGUAAAUAUCUUCAUAGAAUUCCAACAUCAGCAGAUAUAAGCCGAAUACCAAUCACAAAGGAUUGUUUCGGAAGAGCUAAAUUUGCAACUGAUCGAGAUGAUAUGGCUGGUGUAGGAUCAUUCAAUCGGGAUUGUAGAACAUUAUACGUGAGCGGAUUUAAAUAUGUUGCUGGUGUGGAUUAUGAGGAGGUAAUUAAAAGACAUUUUCAAGAAUGGGGAGAAAUUGAAUAUAUCAGAGCAUUUCCCGAAAGAAGCUAUGCCUUUGUGAAGUAUAAGAACAGGUUAUGUGCUGAAUUUGCUCGAGAAGCAAUGCUCGGCCAAUCGUUAGAUAAUGAUGAAAUAAUUCACAUUCGUUGGAGUGCUGAUGAUCCCAAUCCUCUCGCCACAAAAAAGCAUGAACAAGAAAUGAAAUCCAAAAUGAAGCAAUCUCUAGAAGAGAAGGGUAUUUCAACAACUUCUCUUCCAUUUCAUUAUCCUGAGGAAUACAAACCUGCAGAACCAACCGUGCCACAGAGCUUAACUGUAGAUGCUAACAUCAAUCCUGUUGGUAUCAAUUACAAAGAGUCACAAAAAGGAACCAAAGACAUUGAAAAAGAAUAUUAUCAACAUUACUUACCUCAACAAAACAAUGAAAAGAAAAUGGAACAGACGUAUCGAGAUACCUUGAGAAAACAAGGAGCGUUAUCUAAUGAUGAGAGAAAAAAAGUUGACUAUUUCAACUACCUUAAGGGCUCUCAAAACAGCAGCACAAAUGCCUAUCAAACAGUUUCUGCUUCGCUAAACUCCAAAGUUGCAGCAGCUUAUCCAAAUACUGACAACCAAUAUCAACAGCUCACCGGUGAACAGCAAGAGCAAUAUUUAAAAUUCUAUCAACAAUUUGCAGCCCAACUAGGUCAAAAAAAGUAA